AUGGAUAACUCCGGUAAAGAGAAAGAGGCCAUCCAGCUGAUGGCAGAAGCCGACAAAAAGGUCAAGGCGUCUGGAUCGUUUCUGGGAGGAAUGUUUGGAGGGAACCAUAAGGUAGAGGAUGCCUGUGAGAUGUAUGCCAGAGCUGCCAACAUGUUCAAGAUGGCCAAGAAUUGGAGUGGUAAGACACUUAUGCACACACCAUAUUCCACAUCAUAUACACAUGGUCAGGUUUUUAUAGACACACCUGUAACAAAGAACCAUGUGCGUGCAGCUGCAGGAAAUGCGUUCUGCCAGGCUGCUCGGCUACACAUGCAGCUCCAGAACAAACUAGACUCAGCCACCAGCUUCGUUGACGCAGGAAAUGCAUAUAAAAAAGCUGACCCGCAGGAGGCUAUCAACUGUCUAAAUCAGGCCAUUGACAUCUACACUGACAUGGGACGGUUUACCAUCGCAGCCAAACACCACAUUACAAUAGCUGAGGUGUAUGAAUCUGAACUGGUUGACAUUGAGAAGGCCAUUGCUCACUAUGAACAGGCAGCAGACUACUAUAAAGGAGAAGAAUCUAACAGCUCCGCCAACAAGUGUCUAUUGAAAGUAGGCCAUUACAGUGCUCAGCUGGAACAGUACCAGAAAGCUAUUGAAAUCUAUGAACAGGUGGCUACUAGCACCAUGGACAAUCCCUUGUUGAAGUACAACGCUAAAGAGUAUUUUUUCAAGGCUUCACUCUGUCACUUCAUAGUGGAUGAACUCAACGCCAAGCUGGCUAUUGAGAAGUAUGAAGAGAUGUUCCCAGCCUUCUCAGACUCCAGAGAACUCAAACUGUUAAAGAAACUCUUAGAGGCCCACGAGGAGCAGAACAGCGAGGCGUUCACAGAGGCUGUUAAGGAGUUCGACUCGGUGUCACGUCUUGAUCAAUGGCUGACCACUAUGUUGCUCCGCAUCAAAAAAACUAUCCAAGGAGAUGCUGGGGACCUGAAAUAGAGCGAGAGAGAGAGACAGACAGACAGACAGACAGACAAUGGAGGGGGAGGGUAGAAAGGAAGAGGAGCAGCAAGGGAUGGAAAGAAAAGGAGUAAAGAUAUGGAGUAGAGAAUCAAUGUGAGGCAGUGGAUGGGUAAUUACACAGGGAGAGAUAGAAGAGGAUCGGGGUAAAAGGAUAAAUCAAGGACAUUGAGAGAAAAUGAGAGAGAUAGAGAUGAAAAGAAGCAACAACAGGGGUAGGCUUGGGGGGGGGGGUUGGUUUUCAGUUGUACAUAUCAGUCUGCAUGUGUCCCCGACGACCCAAGCACCACCUUUAAUCUUCCCAAAACCUUUAAGAGUCCUCUAUAGUAAAUGACCUCUGACCCCCGUCUGUUUCCCUGGUCUAGCAGUAUUGCUUUGUUAUAACUGGAAA